CCUUUAUAUUAUACGAUCUUAACACUCCAAGUAUCAUCCGAAACAAGUAUACUAAACAAGAACUAAAUCAAAGACGCGUCCUGGUCGUUUUCUUCAGCUUGAUCUCACUUACUUAACAGAUCCAUCUCCGAGAACCAGCUAUGGCGGUCCGAUCAACAGGUACUCACUUGAAAAGCAUGGUGCAAAGGCUAAGGUCUUACGCUACGGCGUCUACAUCAAAAUCCAAGGCCUACUCUCCAACGGCAGAGUACGGUGGUCAGAGACGAGCAGCUACUACUACGACGGGGACAAAAGGUGAUUUCACGCCAGUCUAUGUCUCCAUAGGGAUGAUUUCAUUGUCGGUGUCGUUUGGACUCUACACAGCGUAUCUCCACCUCCACGAAAACCCGAGCGUACGUGUCAACAAGAAGACAAGAGAGACUGUUCCAGAGGUUGAAGAUCCGGAUAGAGUUAUAAAUGAAGCGGACAGGUUGGCUAAUAGGUCGUGGUUUAGGAAACUCGCUCACGUCCAAGAGUUUGACAAACAGGAUGUCAUUCCUGACCCAAUUAGGAAAGACCAGUUCGCUCAUAAGCCUCGUGCCGUGACACUAAAGGAUGUUGGCGUUGAUCCAAAGAUGUCGGCUGCUACUAACUGAUGUGUUGUCUCCGGUCCAUGAACUUAAUAGUUAAUUCACGUCUAAAUAAAGCGACCUACUUUCGUGGUUUCUUGUUUUGAAUGGGUCUACUAAUGUUUUAUCCUGUUUUGCAUCAAUGUAUUUUGUGGUACUGAACAGUAUGUAAAUUACCUAAUAAAAUUCCUCUAGUCAGCAUCA